AUGGCCGCCCCAUCCACAGAGGAAAGGGAACUCAAGCUGCUAGAAAGCGUCGAGUUCAAGAUCCUCGCUGUCGCCAAUAAAGAGACGAAACUCCACGACCUUCUGCAACGAUACCUGGCUCCCGUCAUAUUGAAAGCAGCAAGUGAAAACCAAUCACUGCUUAUCCGUGAAACUUUGCAGGUCAUUCAGAUAUUAGGGCGUCUCAAGACGUUCAUACAACCACCAGAGUCAGUUGAGCUCAUGUCACUGAAUCAUAAAUUGGUCACAUCCAAACUAACUCAUCGCAGGGUUGUCCUACCAGUAAAGGCCCUGCUGGAGCAGUACAAGUCAAAUGACUCUGCCAUCAUCAAGCAGCUCGACUUGAGCUUUAUUCAACACAGUCUAGAGAGGAUCGACGAGCAUGACCGCAGGGAGCUUAUCCCCAUUGCACUGAAAGGAUGUGCAGCAGAUCAGGGCCAACCAAGAGCCAGCGUGUUCGCCCAGGUUAUCAUACGCCUCCUACUUGAUGCCCGGUUCCCCCCUCGAGGGAGCAAAGAUGAUGAUGCCCUUAGAGAAACUCUGGGCUUGUCUGACACGGCAGACGCUUGGUACUUACAAACCAUCAUUGCCGUCUUUCUUCGUUUGAAAGUACCCAACAGCAAACAGAAUUGGGCUCAAGCAAAUCCCACACUCAGUCAAGAAGAGCUGAGUCUCUUCUCCGUGGAAAAUGCGGACUCGCAAAAGAUCUUCCAGAGGCUAUCGGAAGUCAAGGCUAAGCUAGUCGCCUUGCUCGCAACUGCAGCCCUUACGGACGAUGAGAAAUUUCUCCCGGCUUUAUAUGGUGCCUCCAGCUUCGACAAUCGAGUAUCUUCGGCUUCCGAGGAUAUCCUGAGAAGGACGUCGGUGUCAUUGGAGGAUGAGGGACUCGUCAAGCGGCUGUUUCAAGCCCAUUCGUCACUACCGGCAGCGUACCGAACCCGCAUCCUGGGCAUGCUCUCCAAGUCGUCCAUUUCGACCACGAUGGCGGACAGGAUCCUAGCUGUGGUUCAUCUGGACCUGGCGCUACCAGAAUCAGAGACGACCUCGGCAGAGGCUUUGCAGCCAACCAGCGUACUUGAGCGCACCAAAUUACACAAGGCUUUGUUCCAGUACCUCACCUGGGUCGCUCGCAUCGGACCCUCCAAAGAAAACUUCACCAUUGCGCCAGAGUUGAUCCGAUUCAUGAGGUCGUACAUCGAAACAAGAGGGUGGCCAGCACCAGAAGGCGCAGACUCAGCUGACGCAGUCGAACUGCGCUCCAAAGCUUACGAGACCAUUGGCAUGCUAUCCAGCAGCGCCACCAUCCCCACUGCAGAGCGUCUUGAUCUUGCACAAUGGCUAUUUAAAUCACUCUCAGAAGAUCCGACCUCCGAGGCGGUUGUGAGCAUUGAUAGUGCUUUAUCGGGACUUACAUCCACCUUCCCAGCGGAUAAAAAGGACGAGGAUGAAGCUCUCAUGGAGAUGCUCCUUGGCUACAUGUUUCUCCCCGAUGAACCUCCUGCUGUGCGGAGCACCAGACACGCUGUGGUGAAAUGGGCAAAUCAGUGUCUACCAUUUGCCAACAUAUAUGCACGAUGGAUGAACAUUCUCGCCAUUGGGGGUAUUCCUGGUGAGAGAGGUGACGUGAUUGAGCAAGGCCAAAAGGGUCUUGACCCUUGGACGUACCAUGCCUACGACAACAAUAAGUCAAACCUACAGAUCCCCGAAUGGCACGAGAUGACUGCCGCCUAUUUUGGGGGCUCCAUUGCUCCUGGCAACCUUUACAAUCACCCGUCUGUGAAGGAGAGCCUAGAGAAUACAGCAUCCGACCUCACGUUCGGCAACUUUCAGGGAACGAGACUUCUGGCGUACCCCGUUGCUCUGCGUUACAUCCAGCAGCUCAUCUUCUUGACGGCACUGGGCGAUGAUUUCCAAAUCCAGCCUAAUUGGAAGGAAGCCCUCGAUGCGACCAUCAGGACGAGCAUCCAAUCCCGAACCAAAAUCCGCAGUUACUUGGAAGCCGACGAUAAAAACACCACCCACCUAACCUUCUACCUCAGGGCGUGCCUCGGAGGGGCCCUCCUUGCCGGUUCCCCUAUCGUCGAGCAGUCGUUGAGAUGCUUCGUCGAGGUGGCCUCCCUGAGCCCUCCCAGCGUAACUCAAUACUUGGCAACACAGAGUUCCGGACUUCUCGACCUCGUCAAGUACAACAAGAAGGAGAUCCGCUCCCUCGCUGCCCGGGCUAUUGGCAUCCUCUGGGCCCAUCCCGUUCACAAGACUAACGACCAGGUUGAUCAGUUCCGGGCGAAACUGCAGGAUCUGUUCGCCAAUGCGGAGAAGGUGGUUGGCUCCGAGUUGAACGCGGCCGAGGGAGCCCUGCUGGCGUUUGGUCACCUCUGCUCGCGGUCUGUGUUUUACGACUACCACCUUGGCUUGGACGUGGAGUUUCCCCUACGUUUCCUCACUGGCCAAAGCGUCCAGCCAUCCCUUUUCGAGGCUGCAUUGGAAUGCUUCUCGCAGCUAUGGUCCGUCGGACUCGGGGUCCCAACAGCCGAAUCACUUGAUACGAUCAUCAAACGGAUCACCGACGAGGCAAAGAAAGGAAACGAAAAGGCCAUCUUCGCCCUCGGCAGGCUGGCAAUCGGUUUGGGCGAGGAUGAAGCCGCCACAACCGCACUAGGCAGCAUCAUCACUGCACUGCACGGCCUGCACGAAAUCAAGCAGGUCGAGGUCCAGUUCACCGUCGGCGAUGCGCUCACCGCCGCUAUUGCACAGUGGGACUCCGACUUUGUCAAGUUGACGCUGGAUGUCCACCUGCUCGGCAAGGCCCGCCUGCCCAAUGGUUCGAGGAGGGCGCUGGUUACACGCACCUUGGAGAAGCUCUUCACCGACUGCAAGACGACGAAGCCCUCGCUCCUCAAGGCGUCGGGCAUCUGGCUCUUCUGCGUGGUUCAGUACUGCUCCCACCUCGAGGAGGUUGGGUCGCGUCUGCGUGAGGCGCAGACGGCGUUCAUGAGGCUUCUGAGUGCGAGGGAUGAGCUGGUCCAGGAGACUGCCUCUCGCGGUUUGACUCUUGUGUACGAGAGCGGGGAUGCCGCUCUCAAGGGCUCGCUGGUCAAGGACCUGGUCUCGGCGUUUACGGGGUCCGGGACGCAGUUGAAAGUGGAUCAGGACACGGAGCUGUUCGACGCCGGAGCGUUGCCGACCGGAGAUGGGAAGUCGGUCACCUCCUACAAGGACAUUGUCAACCUGGCCAACGAGGUCGGCGAUCAGGGGCUCGUGUACAAGUUCAUGUCGCUGGCGGCCAACGCGGCCACUUGGUCGACGAGGUCGGCGUUUGGGCGUUUUGGACUUAGCAACAUCCUCUCCGACUCUGAAAUCGACCCGAAGCUGUAUCCGAAGCUGUACCGCUACCGUUUCGACCCGAACCCGAACGUGCAGAGGUCCAUGGAGGACAUUUGGAAGGCGGUGGUGAAGGAUACCGGGGCCAUUAUGGAUACAUAUUUUGACGCCAUUCUCGAGGAUCUGUUGAAGAGCAUCCUGGGCAGGGAAUGGCGAAUGAGGGAGGCGAGCUGUGCGGCCAUUGCUGAUUUGAUCUCCGGGAGGCCAUUCAAGCAGUACGAGGCUCGGUACAGGGAUAUCUGGACAGCCGCCCUCAAAGUCUUGGAUGAUGUCAAGGGCAGCGUUAGAGAAGCGGCCUUGCGUCUCUGCAUGGCUUUGUCCAACGGCCUCGUCAGGCAGCUCGAAGAGAGCAAUCAGGGUGCGGCGGCCAAGGCGAUGAUCAAGGAAGCUCUGCCGUUCCUGCUCUCUGAUAAGGGUAUCGAGAGCACGGCCAAGGACACUCGGCUGUUUUGCACAAUCACGGUAUUGAAGAUUGCCAAGCAAGGAGGGACGGCUCUGAAGCCAUUCAUUCCAGAGAUGGUGCCGCAACUCCUUGGACUGCUCAGCACGAUCGAGCCAGAGGAGAUCAACUACCACUAUCAAAGAGCAGGCGACGAUAGCCGAGACCAGAUCGACCAGUUGCGGUCCCAGAUUGUAAAUCGAUCACCCAUCUCAGAGGCUAUCGACAACUCCAUGCGGUUCAUUGAUGCGGACGUCAUGGCCGAACUCGCACCCAAGCUUGAGGCUACGAUCAAGAGCGCCAUCGGCCUUCCCACCAAGAUUGGAUGCAGCAGGGUCUUGUCUACGCUUUUCACUCGCCAUACCAUCGACAUUAAGCCUUUCUCUGCUAAAUUUCUACGGAUGAUGGAGAAGCAGGCCAUGGACAAGAACGAUGCUGUCAGUCAAGCAUACGCCCGCGCGGCGGCGUAUAUGAUGCGAGUCGUGCCGGAUGCCGCCAAGGAGCGCUUCUGCAACAACAUCAUCCAGAAAUAUCUCAAGUCAGAGGAGGAAGCACAUCGACAGAAGAUUGCCGAUGUGACGGUUGCAUUGGCAAAGACUUCGCCGGACCACUUCUCCGCUUUCGAGGCGGUACUGCUCCCAUUCUCGUACCUGGGAGCACACGAUACAGACGAAUACACCCGCAAGGUCUUUGCGGAGGUGUGGAGCCAGCACGCAGGCAGCAGCCGCACCGUCGUGCGAUACGUGGCGGAGAUUGUCAAGCUGGUCGAGCAGUGCCUAGACACGUCGCAGUGGGAUCUCCGCCACACGGGCGCCCUCACCACGGCGGCCAUGGUGGAGGACGUCGUGGGCGCGAGCGACACCACGGGCGAGAUCAGCGAGAAGAACCUCGACAUCAUCUGGCCGGUCCUCGACACGACGCUGGCGCUCAAGACCUUUCCCGGCAAGGAGAAGCUCCUGGAGGCGUUCCCCAAGUUUGUCGAGAAGGGCGCGGCGCUGUGGAAGAAGGACAAGAAGGUGGCGGAGAAGAUCAAGAAGGUUGCCGUCAGGGAGGCGAAGCGCAACAAUGACGAGUACCGCGUCCACGGGUUCGUCUGCCUGUGGAAGAUUGCCAAGGCACGGGAUGAUCUGGAUCUUUUGCAGGAGAUUGCCGAUAUUGUUACGCCCUACCUUGAUGAGUUUAUCGACGAGAAUAAGAUGGAGGUCGACGGCAAGGAGGACAAUCUAUCCAAGGCUGCGAAGAACGGAUUCGAGGCGAUUUCUCGUGGCUACAAUCGACAGAGGCUACUCACAGAACCGGGCACGGUGCUGGGCAGCAUUCUGAAGCUCCUUGGCAAGUAUCUCGAGAGCCCCAAGAUGAGCGUCGUCAAACGAGAUGUAUGGUACGAAGCCGUCUAUGAUAUCAUGACAGCCGUUGGUACUAUAAAGCCGGGAACAGGGAAAGGCAGCGCUCCUUCGGCUGACUUAGACUAUCUCAAAACACUGGACCUUGAUCAACCUGAAGCAGGAACCGAGCCGCAGCGGAUCAAGAGGGCCAAGGCGCUGUCUGCGACACUCAAUGCCAGGCUGUCUGGGGCAUUUGGCGCCGGCGGGUCGGAUCUAGCUGAGAUUAAGCAGACUGUUGACCAGGCAGUCAAGGAGGAGAGGUCUCUCAAGGUGCUGGAGGAAUUGAGAGCUGCUCAGAAGCUUCUGGCGCAGAUGUAG